AGCCCCUUGCCCUCUCUGGGCGCCGCCGGGGCAGCAGCCGCGAAAAUCGCGACCGCCGCGCCUAUCAUUAUUGCGAACAAUGGCAUCAACUAUGAAGAAACCACGACCGGAGGCGCGGUACAAUACAAUGACCUACGCGACCCCUUCUUCGCCUCCAUCUUCCCCGUCUGCUACGCCCUCGCCGCGACGACAGUAACAGCAUACAUGCUUGUGAUCAUGCUUUUCAUUACUCCUCGAUCAUUCCUCGACGGUGGAGUGGUAUAUCUGGGCCGACGCGGGUUUACGAGUGGCGGAACAUCGAAUGGAAUCAGCAUCGGAGGUCGACCAUGGCUGCAGAAAGUGGCCGCCGUCACCGUUGCAAUUUCUCUCACAAUAGCAAGCGCCGACACGUUUAAAGUUGCCGAGCAGCAGUACCAGUGGUCAAUUCAAGACGCCAAAAAGAUGCAAUCGGAGGUUAUGGACGGAACCGAACUGAAAGUCAUUCGCCUUAUUUCAGACACAUUUUUGUGGCUUGCACAAGCCCAAACUCUCAUCCGACUCUUCCCACGUCAGCGGGAAAAGGUUAUCAUCAAGUGGACUGCGUUCGCGCUGAUUACGUUGAACCUCAUCUUCAGCGCCUUGAACAGCUUCCAGUAUCCCACCAGCGGGAGCAACGGUAACGCCCGUCCACGAAGCUUUGUGGACGCUGUUCCCGCUCUCAGCUACCUAUUUCAACUGUCCCUCGGCCUGUUAUACGCCGCAUGGGUCAUUUACUACUCGCUUAUGAAGAAGCGAUACGCCUUCUACCACCCCUUGAUGAAGAACAUGAUAUUGGUUUCUACCCUAUCUCUCUUCGCCAUCCUUGUACCAGUCGUUUUUUUCGUACUGGAUAUGGCACAGCCAGAAUUCGCUGUAUGGGGAGACUACGUUCGCUGGGUUGGUGCUGCAGGCGCCAGUGUCGUGGUUUGGGAAUGGGUAGAAAGGAUUGAGGCAUUGGAAAGAGAAGAGAAGAAGGACGGUAUCCUAGGACGCGAGAUUUUCGACGGCGAUGAAAUGCUGGAGGUCUCAGCAUCUGAGUUCCCAUGGCUUAGGAGGAGAAAGAACAGGAACGGUGGUAGGGACGGUGACGGUGGCGAAGACGGACCUCAGGGUGGUUCUGGCGCUCAAGGUCCUCCCUCGGCCGAGAGAGGCAACAUUUGGCCAGGCAUGACACAUAUUGCCGCCAGAUAUCGCUCCAAUCACGCCCACACCAACUCGGGGGCAAACAACCAAGGCGGCCAGAGAUCAAAGGGCGGUCUGCUGCGUCCGCCCAUGUGGCCUUCUCGGCCCGCUCCCGCGGUCACGCCAGUGAGCCGUACAGACACAGCAAGCGCAGCGAGCACCGUCUACGCUGUAAGAUAUCAGCUGCCGUCUGAGACUACCUCACGGACACCCGAGGCAGUUAUCCGAGCUGCCAACCAAAGAAACGCCACAGCUGCCAUGUCAAGGAGUAACUCGACAUCAUCCAGGAGCGAAUCGACAACGAGUGACGACGAGCUCUCAAUGGCGGCGCCCGUGCCCAGACAAGCAACGCACAAGACCGUUGAAAUCGACACAGAGGCCCAGGAGGACAUGACGGAAAAGAACCGCAAUGGGUGGAGAUCUCUGGUGGCUAACCCACUCUUCCGCCGCACUGCUCGCGAUCCACCAGCCGAGGUGAUGGCUCACACGGAGUCAAAGCCUGAGGUGCGCGGUGGUCACGAUGAUGCGGGUAGAUGGGAUCUCCGGGCUCGCUUGGAGGACUUUGCUGCCACCCAGGCCGAAAAGAUCAGAGAGAAGAUGCGACCAACUCCCGAGACAGAUAGCCUUCCGGUGACCGUUAUUCCUGCGCCACCAAGACAAGGAGCGGCACUGGCCCAACUGCUGGAGGAGGAGCAAGGCCAAGAAGACCAAGAGCAACCGGCUGCGGCUGGUCUGGGAAGGACGCAAAGCAAUUUCUCUCGUCGGUCCCCUGCCGCAGGUCAAGGCCUAGAGCCUGCCACCCUUCAGCUCAGCAGACCACCUCUCUGGCCUGGAGUAAGGACUCAACAUCAGGACUUUGAGCCGCAUUCUCCAAAUGCUCCG